AUGGAAGGACCGCACGGCCUUUGCAAUCAACUAGCGGUGGGGUACAAGAAAGAAUAUGACGAUAUGCUGACCACUUCUCCGUUUUUCGACCUACCAGACUGUUGUUUAGCGGGUGUAUUUAGCUUUGACUUUGGAGCCCUUGAUGGCAGAGAGGAGUUUCGACUGUUAGUUGAGCUGCAUUCGUCUUGGCUUGGCGACGCAGGCUUCGGCCAAUUUGUCCGACUUGACAUGGCUCAGGUCUCCGCUUGUCGUAACCUGCUCAGCCUGCCCGCUUGGCCUGGUCCCUGUCGAGGCUUCCACUCCCUCUGUUGCCAAAGCACUGGGUAG